AUGAUGCUGCUCAUUCGCUCCCCAUGGAAUCUAUGCCGCGACUCACGGGUUUUAGGGUCUCUUUUUAUCUCGACCCGACCUGUGAUUCGUUUUUCCCCUCAUAUUGACUCUCUGUACCUUCGCAUUUCGAGGUCUGGAGACCCCAAUAUCUCCAUGGCCUGUUUGCUCGACCAAUGGGUUGAAGAAGGCAGACCGGUCAAGCGAUCGGAACUCCACAAGAUAAUCAAGCAGCUCCGAAAGUAUCGUCGCUUCUCUCAUGCCCUUCAGGUGUCGGAAUGGAUGAGCAAUGAGAUGAACAACCAAUUACCCACUGCAGAUAUUGCUAUACAGCUUGACUUGAAAUCAAAAGUCCAUGGGCUAGAUGAAGCAGAGAGAUAUUUUUCCAGCAUUCCAGAAACUUCAAAAGUCUCCAAGGUCUACUGUGCUCUUCUGAACUGCUAUGCAGAGCAUGGAUAUGUAGAGAAAGCAGAGGCAAUCAUGCAGAAAAUUCAACAGUGCAGUUCGAUUAGUGUACUGACUUAUAAUGUCAUGUUAAGCCUUUAUUGUCGGUUGGGUAAAUACGAGGAAUUGGAAACUUUGAUGGAAGAAAUGAAAGAGAAGCGCAUCUGUGACAGAUAUAGUUACAGCAUUCGGUUGAAUGCAUAUGCGAAAACCUUAGACAUUGAGGGCAUGGAGAAGUUUCUGUUGCAAAUGGAAGCUAAUGGAGCAGCAGUGGACUGGCAUACAUAUGCCCUUCCUGCAAAGGCUUAUAUAAAAGCUGGGCUUUCUGAAAAGGCCUUACAAAUGCUGAAGAGAUCGGAGCAUCUCAUCAAUGAAAGCUCAAGGACAAGGAGGAUUGCCUAUGAAACUCUUCUUAAUAUGUAUGCUGCCAUCGGCAACAAACAAGAGGUUUAUCGUGUUUGUAGUAUGUGUAAGAACUUGGGGCGUUCACGUAAUUCUGUUUACGUCUCUAUGAUAGGCUCAUUAUUGAAGUUGGAUGACAUUGAUGGUGCUGAGAGAAUUCUGGAGGAAUGGGAAUCUGAUAAUACUUGUUCUGAUAUGAGGAUUCCUAAUAUGCUUAUCGGUGCUUAUUGUAAGAAAGGUCUUUUGGAUAAGGCUGAAGCAUUGAUAAGUAGGUAUUUGAAGCUUGGGAUGAAACCAGAGGGAACAACAUGGGCUCAUUUUGCCAUUUUGCCAAUGCAUAUAAGGAACAGAAUGAUAUGGAAAAAGCUCUGGAAAUGGUGA